AUGUUGAGCCGCGCGGCUGGGCAUGCACCGCAGCUUGUGCACGUGGCCAGCAUCGGCACGGCGCCACUGACACGCCAAGCUAUGCCCAGCAUCGUUCGCGUGAUUGGACAAGACGCUGCGAAUGCGAUGCCACACUUUGAAGCCAACAUUGCUCACGAGGUCGCGCAGGGGCACCUCGAGUGGCAGCUCGAUCCGGUCGCCCGCCCCGUGCUGCACAUUACGAUCGCAGACCUGCUCUACUUGGACGACGCCAACCUCCUCGCAGGCGCGCCGCCAACGAUCGAGCACCUUGAGAUCGAUCUCUACAAGGUCGUCUUUGCGGUACAAGAAGCCAUGCAACCAACAGUGCGAGCGGUUCAGCCUGUUGCUGUGAUGGCGGCGGAGCCUGGGACAUUGCCCGGGAUGUUGGCGACGUACUGGGACCAGCCUAUGAACGAGGAUGAGGACGAAGACGAGGAUGAGGACUAUUGA